GUAUUUCUUUUCUAAAUUUUGGAUAAAAUGGCAAAUUAGUUGUAGAGGCAGUUACGUUGAAAACUUCGUUAGAUUCAUAGAUUGUGAGUUAUGUAUAUUUUCAACAGAUUUUGUUUAUAUAAUUAUAUGCGAAUGACAUGCGACCAUAUGUAUAUAAUAUCUUGGUUGCAUGCAUGAAGAACGGAGUAUUCAAAUAUGGACUGAGUAUAUCUCAGAGAUAAAGCAUUAGGCUCUAUCUGUUUUGAGCUACAUAAGAUGAGCAUUUUUAUCUCCUUCUCAAAAUACAUUAAACCAUAUGCAAUACAUUCUAGAAGAAAGUUGUUAUUCUAAUCUUAGAACCGCAAAUGCAAUCAACUGAAAGAAACGACAGCAAAGCAAAUUAUUCAGCACAAACUCAUCCUAAAAAUCAUUUCUCAAAAAAAAAAAAUCUCAUCCUAAAAAUAAGCAAAACAUUUAUCACCAAAAAAAACUUGCACCAGUUUAUAAGAAUCUAAGGAAAGAAGAAACAAAAUCUAAAAACUCCCACCUGUUUCAUUGGACAACAAACUUGUCUUCUUCCUAAAUCAUAGGAAGUAGAUUUUUUUGAGACAAAGAUUGCGUAGGAAACACUCCUCCUACCUUCAAUCUCUUCCUCACAUUUCAACUGCUAAUAAAACAAUCAUCUUCCCAAACCCUUUAUUCUAGCCCCUUCCCUAAACAAUGGCUCUGUUAACUAUUCAUCUCUUUAAUUUGUAACUAAACCCUUUUCUUAAAAAAAAAUAAAAUAAAAUAAUUAAAGAGUUUACCUGAGAAUUAGGUUCAGGAUGGCCUCAAGGAGCCUCUCCUACACACAACUCCUAGGCCUCCUGUCCUUUAUCCUCCUAACCUCCACAAUGGCGGUUCGUGUUGGAGUCAUUCUUCACAAGCCUUCUACUCCAACCCUUCCUGUAUUUAGAGAAGCCCCAGCUUUCAGAAAUGGUGACCAAUGCCUUGAGGCUGAUCAGAUUCAUAUAGCCAUGACUCUUGACACAAACUACCUCCGUGGAACAAUGGCUGCUGUUUUUUCUCUCUUACAACAUUCAACUUGCCCUGAAAACCUCUCUUUUCAUUUCCUCUCCCUUGCUCACUUCGAAAACGACCUCUUCUCCAGCAUCAAAUCAACUUUUCCUUACCUAAACUUCAAGAUUUAUCAGUUUGAUCCAAACCUUGUCCGCAGCAAAAUCUCCAAAUCCAUCAGGGAAGCCCUAGACCAGCCUCUAAAUUACGCGAGGAUCUACCUCGCGGAUAUAGUUCCUCCCAGCGUCGACCGGAUCAUAUACCUAGACUCUGACCUCGUCGUGGUAGACGACAUAGAGAAGCUAUGGCACGUGGACAUGGAAGGUAAAGUUGUGGCUGCUCCUGAGUACUGCCACGCAAACUUCACACACUAUUUCACAAAAACGUUUUGGUCGGACCCGGUACUUGUUAAAGUACUUGAAGGAAAACGACCGUGCUAUUUCAACACGGGUGUGAUGGUCGUGGACGUUGAUAAAUGGAGGAAAGGGUUGUAUACACAAAAGGUAGAGGAGUGGAUGACUGUUCAGAAGCAGAAGAGGAUAUACCAUUUGGGUUCAUUACCUCCUUUUUUGCUUAUAUUCGCCGGUGAUAUUAAAGCGGUUAACCAUAGGUGGAACCAGCAUGGUUUAGGAGGAGAUAACUUUGAAGGGAGAUGCAGAACGUUGCACCCUGGUCCGAUAAGUCUACUUCAUUGGAGUGGGAAAGGGAAGCCAUGGUUGAGAUUAGAUUCAAGAAAGCCUUGUAUUGUUGAUCAUCUCUGGGCUCCGUAUGAUUUGUACCGUUCAUCAAAACAUUCUUUAGAUGAGUAGAGCCAAAGAGGAAGUAAGAAGAUUGACACAUAUGUGUAAAUAGGAGAUGGAGACGGUCCAAGCAGGGUGGGUGCGAGCAAAGGAAGCGAGAUGCAAAACAAAGCUAAAACAAGUUGUAGCGAAAAGAGAGAAACCAAGAGAGUUGAUUUUUUUGUUAAGACACACUCUUAAUGCAAAAAGACACAUUGUGCAUGAGAUCAGUAGUGAGAUGGUAUCAUCAUCAUCAUGAUUUGUUUCUCUUAUUCAAGUGUUUUUUUUUUAACAUUUCUCCCUCUCUUGGAUUUAACGUGUAAUAUACAUAGGGUAGUGUUACUUCAAAAAUGGAGGAUUAAAUUCAUUCUUUAUUAAUUCAA